CUCUUUGAUGAAUUCUUGACCGAUUCUUGCGUUCAUUGCUACUUCUGCCUCUGCAAUUUUAGUAACUAUUAUCCAUUUUCUUCCUCGAUUUUCCCACUUCUAAUUCAAUUAACAAUUCCUGCUCAGUUGCAGACUAAGGAAGAUACUUCUGAUCCAACGCCAUCUUUGACUGUGUGGGGUAGAAAGUGGAGGAAGAAUCCACCAAAUCAAGUAAAGGGAAUGGCGAAGAAGAAUGUGACAGAAAGCAACUGCACUGCCAUCUCUAAAAAAAAGAGCUGCAUUUGCUCUCCAACUAGCCACACAGGCUCAUUUAGGUGCCAUCUCCAUCGAGCUACUACAACACAAAAGUCUCCACAGCCUUUACUAGAUACUAGCAAUAAAAGCAACAGUAGCCUUUGUUAUUUUCGCAGUCUCUCUGACGGGAAACCUCACUUAUCUAGGUUUGCUAGGCUUGCCUUUGCCUUUCCUGAUAAACAGUAAACAGUAGAUUUGGUAAAUCCAAUUCAUAGCUUUGUAUCUUCUCCCUCCCAUCUUCUGUAAAUCACCAACACUUGCAUUUCCUUUCCUUUUAUUUAUUUUUUCUCCCUCAA